ACGAAGGAAAUUUUUUCAAUGGCUUGAAGGUUUGGCAAGGUUCUCUUGUGCGUUCCGAGGCUACAAGAGGAGAGAUUGCCAACAAGCGCCGAAAGAGAGGAAAAAAUAAGGGGUUAGGGAGAAGAAGGAUGUAGAGAGGUGACGUGAACGUAUAAGCGCGUGCCCGCGCGCGCGCUUGUCGAGAGAAGAACCAGCUAGGAGUUGGCCGCUCUCGAACCCGAAAGAGAAGAGGGUUGGAAGUGGAAGGGGAGCGAGAGCGAGUCUAGAGCGCGAUGUCGUACCUUGACCAAUCUCAACAAGACUUGUUUUAAGCUAUGCCAAGCCAAGCGACGACCUUAGAAACGACUCGCUGAUCGCAUCGAAACCGAAAUGGCAAAUGGAAAGAAGAAGAGGAGUGACUCUUCUUCUCUUUCUUUUUCUUUUACAAAGAAUCACUUGGUUUCUUUUUAUUUUUUUUUGUAUUUUUCUUAUUGAUGCACCGAAACCCUUCUAACAUCGAUUCGAAAGUAACGGCAGAAAUAAAUUCUUUUUUUUUUCAGAUAAGUUAAGCAUUAUUUAAAUGUGUUAUUGAAUUAUUCACGAAAUGUAAACGAGGAUUUAUUACAAUUAUAGAAUUUCUAAGUAUAUAAUCAGCGUUUUAUAUUCUUUUUGUAUGUAUUAUGUAUUAGAAAUACACACGUGUAACUUCACUGUGAUGAGGUAAGUUCGAAACGGAUAAUAAGAUGAGCUGGAGAAAGCUAGAUGCGGCUUAACGAACAUUUGGCCUUGAAGAAUCCCUCUGUCAUCUGCAUCGAAUGUCAAAUACCGUGGCACGUGGGCCGAGAGGUAGCUGACCUUUAAAUCCUCUCUUUUUGCCCUUUCUAUACAACAAAGAUGAAAGCACUCUAAAGCUUGACCUGCUUUUGUAACGAUACAUUUUAUACUUUUUUUAGUCAUUAUCGAGUUUCUCAUAUACGAAUGUAAUACAUAGUUAUUAAGAUUUAUCGAUCAUUUUUCUUGGUGUUUUUUUACUAUCAGCUAUUGAUUUAUCAUCUCGAGAAUAUUUUUAAACAGAUACGAUGACUAGUAGUUCAUUCGAUAUUUAAAAGCAUCGCAUUAUUGACUUCCUGCGAUAGGUCGUGUAGCGUUAAUUUCAUUAACAUUUCGUGCAUGUUAACAGUUUUAUAUGCAUUAUAUGUAUAAGGUUCAAUGUAAGGAUAAUGAUUUGACGUGACUUCUUGUGUGUUAAAUUCCUCGUAUGAUUACGCGUAUAGGAUAUAUUUUUAAUUUACAAAUCGUGAAGGGAUAUCAUUGGAAUUCUCUUGCUUCAGUAUUAAUUUGUUUUUAAGACGGUUCGCAAGUUCUUAUUAACACUUCUUGGCACAUUCACUUCGUGUACUUCAAAGCAACGAACAUUUUAAUAUAUUUAAUCAAUUCUUCUCACAAUUUUUCGAAAUUUUAUAAUCUAUCACAUUAAAUCAUGUAUUACAAUAUAAAUCGUCACUUCAAAUACAUUUGUUAUGCUUUUAAUUCAACGUUUAAAAAAUCAUUUAAUAGAAGAAAUGUUAGUAUGGUAACUACAGAUAAACAAAUAGAGAUGCCAGCUUUUCAACAUACACCAUCCGUUUAUACGGGUCCAAGUUACGAUAGUUUAAAAACAGCAUACGAGUCGAGCAUAUCACCUAGUUUAAAAAUGUAUUAUAAAAAGCCAUUAUUAUUAUAUGAAGGACGGAAUCAAUGGCUAUGGGAUCAUGAUGGUAAACGAUAUUUAGAUAUGUUCGGUGGCGUUGUUACUGUUUCUAUAGGCCAUUGUCACCCAAAAAUCAUAGCUGCGAUAUCAGAUCAAGCGAGCAAACUUGGUCAUGUAUCAGCGCUUUACAUGCAUCCUCGUUUAUAUGAAUAUAGAGAAAAAUUAGCUGCCAAAUUACCGAAAAAGCUUUCAGUCAUUUAUCUCGUCAAUAGUGGCUCCGAAGCUAACGAAUUAGCAUUUUUAAUGGCAAGACUUUACACUGGCGAACAAAAUAUCCUUUCAUUGAAGAAUUGUUAUCAUGGUGGUACUUAUGAAACUUCGGCAACGACCGCUUUAAGCACGUGGAAAUAUGCGAUUCCUCAGCCACCUGGUCAUAUACACGUAUUUAAUCCAGGCUUACAGAAAUAUCUUUCUUGCGAUUCGAAAUGUAAAGAUUGCUCUGUGCCAGGUGUAAAAGAUACGUGUAAUUGCAGCAAAGACGAAUGUGUCUUAUUCCAAAAAUAUUUGGAUGAAUUCGAAGAUAUUUUUCGAUACAGUUUGCCAAGGAAACGAGGUGUUGCUGCUUUUAUCGCAGAAAGCAUUCAAGGUAUCGGAGGUGUUAUACAAUAUCCACGGUUGUUCUUAAAAAAUGUUUAUGAGAUCGUUCACGAAAAUGGUGGUCUUUGUAUAGCCGACGAAGUACAAACUGGCUUCGGUAGAACAGGUGAUCAUUUUUGGGGUUUCGAAGGUCAUGGAAUUCAACCUGAUAUAGUAACAAUGGCAAAGGGUAUUGCAAAUGGAAUUCCUCUUGGUAUUGUUGCGACUACUGCUGAAAUUGCUAGUUGCUUGAACAGAGCACUUCAUUUCAAUACCUUUUCUGGAAAUCCAAUUAUUUGUGCUGCAGGAUCAGCAGUACUUGAUGUAAUCGAGAACGAUGAUAUGCAAAAAAAUGCCCUAAUUACGGGGACUUAUUUGUGUCAUCAAUUAAGUACCUUAACUCACGAUUUUCCGGAUAUUGUGUCUGACGUUCGAGGAAAAGGUUUUAUGAUAGGUGUAGAAUUGGCGGAAAAUAAUAAAAUAAAAAAAUAUAUCAAAGAGGAACAUAUGCGCGAUAUAUUCGAAGAUAUCAAAGAUAUGGGUGUACUUGUUGGAAAAGGUGGAUUAUCUGCGAAUGUUUUAAGAAUAACACCACCAAUGUGCGUUACAAAGGAAGAUGCAGAUUUUACAGUGAAUGUUAUUAAAAGAGCAUUGCAACGAUAUCGUGAAAAACGUUUAUACGAGAAAGAAUUUUAGUUUUUUGUAUAUAGAUUAUAUUUGAAACGAAAUAUCUCUAUUGAAUAUUGGUUGAAAUAUAUAUAUAUAUAUUUUAUUUGGGAAAUUGUAUAUUGUUGAUAAUUUAUCGGUUGAGGUAUUUUAUAGUAGAUUGCGUCUCCUAGAGCCAUCUUAAUUUUUAUCUUACAUUAAAAAGCGAUACUUCAAGAUGGCGCUACUAGUAAUGGCCAAUUUAACACAAUACAGUAUUCCUUCUUCUAUAUUUUAUAUUAAUCUGAUGUGUCAUGGACUAUCACUACAAAAUACGAAUGAGGUUAGCCUCGUGCCAGAAACGUUGUAUUUGUCAUACGUAUUCAUAUCCAUGUAGGCAUUACUUCACAAACAUUGUAAUUUACAAAGAAUUAAAAUGGCG